UGUUCUCUCAUUUGUGUCUGGAAAUAGCUAACCAGUUAGCUUGGGUGCUUGACUGCCAUUGUGAGGUCAGAACUCACCGUACUCCUGAUUUACGAAAAGGCCCAGAGCGCACUCUGGCACUCCAGAUUGAAUUGACAAACACACCCAAAAUCGUCAAAUGUCAGCUAGUUAUUUGUUAUGCUAACAAGCUAGCAAGAAGUUGCAUAGCAACAGCAUCAACUUCCAGUAGACAGGCAAAGUGCUAGUAUCCUUCGUUUACAGUAUCCUAAAAUUAACUAAUAGUAUGUACUCAUUGUGUAGUAUUCAAACAAGCUGUGGUUUCUAUAUGUUUGAUAACGUCCCAUUUAUUCCAUUCCAGCCAUUACAAUGAGCCCGUCCUCCUCCCACCAGCCUCCUCUGUGCUAUACAGGUGUCGGGUUGGUUGGUGGCCAAUUUUUUUCUCCCUCUGUUUGUAUCACAAAUGUAACGUGAUUGAACACACACUAUCGCCCAGUAGGUGGCGGUAUGCACAAACAAAAUGUGUGAACGCCAUGAUGCCAAAGAAGAAGAUAUACUCCACCCUCGCCAGCCAGCAUUCCUUCCUGAGAAGCAGUCGGUCAACCGGCUGUUGCAUUUUCGGUUAUCCAUUGGUCUUGUCUGGACCGUGAAGUCGCGGGAGAGUUUGGACAAAAAUGGUGGAGAAAUAAAUGGAGUUCACUCAGGCCGUUUAAAAAAGGUAUCAAUUUACGGUCUGCUUAAAAGGGUGGCGCUCCCAUAGACACCAAUGCGAUAGCAGCUGGGUCUGGUCUGCUUAGUUCAUUGAUUGAACCAGAAAAAACAGCGACUGGAUUGGAAUUCUUCCUGUCCCCCCCCAAAAAAACGUGACUAGCUAGCAUAUUGACGCCGAUAAAUACAGAAACAAAAGGCUUUGAAUGCUAACUGUCAAAGGUGACCGUUAGGAUCGCGUGACAAGAAUGGAGGAUAAUUUGGAGAGCGUGCUCCAUUGCGAUGACAAGGAGGAGUUGAGGCGGAAACUGGCCUUGCUACAGAGGGAGUACUCCAGGACAGUUCAGAGAUUACAGCGAGCUGAGCGUUCAGAUGCCGUGCGGAAGCAUGUGAGGAGCCGGAUCUCUGAGCAGAACCUUCAGGACCAGACAGACCCAGUCCCAGCCAACACCUUUCCCAACCCAGCUCUACCCCCCCUCUCCCUUGGUAGCCCUGCUAGGACAGCCCCAGGUUCAGCCUUACCGCUAGGCCCCGCUGGAGACUCGACUGUGGUGGCAUCGUGUCCGGUGGAAUCUGAGAACACCAGGCGGAGUAGUCCGUCCAUCCGCUUCCUCAUCCCUGUCGAUAACUCUUGCCCUCGGACACCUGACCUUAACCCUCACAGACGAAGCCACUCCCUCCGGCUGAGGUCACGGAGAAGCCGGCUGUGCUGGGAGCGGACGGGGAGGGGCGAGGGGGCAGAGGGGAGGUACGACACAGAGACCAGCGAGGACGGGCUGGAGCUGGACGCACGGACAGAGAAAGAAGAGGACGGAGAGAAGAGAAAGAUGGGGGAAGAGAAGGAGGGUGAGAAGAAAGAGCUAGAGAGGGAGGAGAAUGAGAGGGAAACUCCAGAUAAAGAGGCAAUGAAACAGAGAGAUGGAGAGGAGAGAGAAGAACAGAGGACAUAUGGACAGAAGGAGAGAGAGAAGGAAGGGGUGAACCUGAGGAGAGAUGGAGAGAGAGAAGAGGGAGGUGAUUCAGGAGCUGUGGGAGCCUCCGUGUUAGGGGCUGUUGGGUUGUGUAACACUGGGGGGGUCCUGGACUCGUGCACUCUGGUGGAAGGUCUGCCGUUCCCUGUAGAAUACUACAUCAGAACAACAAGACGCAUGGCCUCUUCACAGAGCCACAGAGACCUGCAGGCUGUCAUUCUGAACCAACUCAACAGGGGGCGCCACAGAAGGAGCAGGGGCCGGAUGUCUAACCCACACUCACUCUCAACUUCACACUCCGACUCACUAGCACAACCCUCCAAUCACCGCCAGUGCUCAAGUCAACUGACCUCAAACUCACCGACCAAUCGCACACCGGUCGAGGAGCCAUCAGCCAAUCAGAUGCUUACCUCUGAGUCAGGGACCAAUCAGAGUGAGCGUUUACCUUCCAGAGCCUGCAGUGUUCGGCCUAUCAGAGGUCGGAGGAGGAGAGGAAGGAGGCCGAGACUGGGCCGCUCUCUAAGUUUGGACUCAGAUCCUCCAGCACCAGGCCCAGACAACACCCAGACCCCGGCCGCUAUUAGCCCAGCCUCACAGCCUCUCCCUGGGGGUGGAUGUCCAGAGCGCUGGCCUCUCUCUGGAGGUGUGGAGGAACAGUUUUAUCCCAUCUUCAGAAGGAGCUGUGUGUCUCCCCUCAUUCACACACCAAAGCAGAGCAAAGAGAGUGUGUGGUCUCUCCUCCUGCCCUCCUCCCUCUCCCCUGGAGGACCAGCAGUGCACCCUGGGAGUCUGGGCCGCGUCAUCUCAACCUUUGACCUCCAGGAUUUCCAUCUCCCCGACGACCAGUUCGGACAGCUAAAGCUCCAGAAGCUUCGCGCCUCGUCUGCCGUCGCCGUCCCAGAACCGGAACCCUUCUCACCUUACAACAUGCGUCGUCGCCGCAGCAGAGGCUCGGUCCACGGUCUCCACGGCGACACAGGCGGUCUGAUGUCUAAAGCGCCUACGCCUGAGCCCCUCCCUCUCAGCCUCACCCCUCCAGUCACAGACUGUGUCACUCCGGUAGAACAGUCUAUAGACAGAUCUAUAGGCCAGCAUCUUAUAGACCACCCAAUAGGCCAGCAGUCUACAGACGCACUAGACCAUUCUACAGACCUCCAUUCAGAGUACCAUUCAGUUUGCCAGUCUACAGACCACCUUGUAGACCAGCCUAUAGGCCAUCAGUCUACAGACCACCUUGUAGACCAGCCUACUGGCCAUCAGUCUACAGACCAGCCUAUAGGCCAUCAGUCUACAGACCAUCCUGUAGACCAGCCUAUAGGCCAUCAGCUUACCGUUUUAGUUGGCCAGUCUAUAGACUUUCCUUCAGUAGACCAGCAGACAGGCCGACUCACUACUGAGUGCCCUUCCCUUCAAACUGAAACAAAGACCGAGUGCCCUCCCGAGUGUCCAUCCUUCCACACAAAGACUAAGUGCCUUUCUACGUGUCCUACGAAGUUCUCUGUCGAGUGCCUUACCAAAUGUCCAUCCGUGUGCACUACUGAGUGCCCUUCCCUCCGGACGGAGACAGAUGUAGAGUGUGCUGUCCCCCCCAGCCCCUCGCUGCUCCUCCUUAGCCCCUCACUAACCAGCCACACCCCUCGCGGACAGACCCUCUCCCUUCCCCUCUCCUCCAGUCCCCCCUUACCUUCCUUAGGGAUGACCCCUAACCCCUUGACCCCUAACCCCAACAUACCCCUCUCCCUCCCUGACAGCUCCCCAUUAUCUUCUUUAGAGGCGGUGACUCACAUCCUCUCCUGCCCUCCCUGCCCCCCCUCUCUGACCCUCCCCCUCUCCUGCCCUCCCUGCCCCCCCUCUCUGACCCUCCCCCUCUCCUGCCCUCCCUGCCCCCCCACUCUGACCCUCCCCUUCCCCUCUAGUCCCUCCACCCAAGCCCUCUCUCCGCCCUCCCUCUCUCCCUGCCCCUCUCCUGCCAUCCCUCUCUCCACCUCCCCUCCCUCCCUCGCUCCCUGCCACCUCAGCCUGGUUGAUUCCCUGCCCCAACUUUUGCUCCCUCCCACUCCUCUACUACUGCCUCAAUCUCUCCCUCCAAACCCAAAUACACCCCCUCCAUUGCCCCCUACCCAGCCUCUUUGCCAGCCAGCUCCCUCUCUCCACUCAACCAGACAGGCCACAGAGGAGAGAGGAGAAGGGGAGGAGGAGAGAGCGUGGAGGAAGAAAGAAGAGAAGAGGGAUGGGAUGACAGAGGGUGUCUUAAUGUUCUCUCACACACUGAAGACCCCUGCAGGAGGCAGCCUGGUGGAUGUGUGCUGUGUGUCGUGGCUGUCAGUAGGUGUAUGUGUAGCGGUGGCAGGAGAGUGGGAGGUGUGUGUUUGGGGUCAGACCAACCCCCCACACUGGAGACGACUGCACACCUGGACCUUCAUAGAAUCAGUGAUGUCAGUGUUUCCUGUGCCGGACGCUCCUGGACUUCUGUGUGUGACUCUGGGCCAGCUGGAAAUCAGAGAGGCCAGGGUACUGUGCUGCUCUAGUCUGUCCCAGGCGGUGCUGUGUGAGGGGGAGGUCCAGAUGGUGGUGGGCAUGUCCAACCGAAGGCUGGUUAGCUCCUCCUACUCUGUAGCCACAACCCCGCUGCAGGUCUACACACUGACACAGGAUGGCAGGCUGCAGGGCUGCCUGUCUUUGGUCUGUCCUACUGAGCGCGUGCGGACCGUGGCGGCGGUGGAGGGACAGACUGACGCUCUGAUUGGCUCAACCCACGGCGGACAUGUUGUUCUGUGGAACGUGACGACGGGGCAGCUGCUGCAGCGCAUCACUCUGGGAGAUGGUUUCACGGAUACGCUCUGCCUCCGAGGAUACUCCCUCUGCGUGAGUGGGGUGCUGUUUGUCCUGUUGCAACACCCGUCCCUGUGUGCUGUGGAGGAGGAAGAGGGAGGGGCUCUGUUCUCGCUGGUCGCCACCAACCCUCUGACUGGCACCGUCGCCCUGGCAACCAGACUAGGCCUCCCCAAAGCCUGCACCGGGAGGCUGGUGGAGGUUGAUGUCCAUGGCUCCAGUGUUGUUGGGGUUUUCCGGUCUGGCUCCGUGUGUGUGUGGCAGCUUGGGAGGCGUCAGGGCCAGGAGGGGGUCUGGUUCCCAGAGCUGGGGUGUCAGCUCGCCCGUUGGGGGGCGCAGGGAACUGUCCUGACGGCACACCUCAAUGGAGACGUCUGCUUACACCGCUACAGACCACUCUGAUCUACUAUAGACCACUCUGAUCUACUAUAGACCACUCUGAACUACAGACCACUAUAUACCACUCUGAACCACUAUAGACCACUCUGAACAACUACAGACCACUAUAGACCACUCUGAACAACUACAGACCACUAUAGACCACUCUGAACAACUACAGACCACUAUAGACCACUCUGAACAACUACAGACCACUCUGAACAACUACAGACCACUAUAGACCACUCUGAUCUACUAUAGACCACUCUGAACUACAGACCACUAUAUACCACUCUGAACCACUAUAGACCACUCUGAACAACUAUAGACCACUCUGAACAACUAUAGACCACUAUAGACCACUCUGAACAACUACAGACCACUAUAGACCACUCUGAUCUACUAUAGACCACUCUGAACAACUACAGACCACUAUAGACCACUCUGAUCUACUAUAGACCACUCUGAACAACUACAGACCACUAUAGACCACUCUGAACAACUACAGACCACUAUAGACCACUCUGAACAACUACAGACCACUAUAGACUACUCUGAACUACUACAGACCACUCUGAACCACUAUAGACCUCUCUGAACCACAACUGACCCACUAUAGACCACUCUGAACUACUACAGACCGCUAUAGACCAUUCUGAACUACCAUAGACCACUCUGAACUACUACAGACCGCUAUAGACCAUUCUGACCCACUAUAGAUCACUCUGAACUACUGUUAUACAUGCCAGAGAGGCAUGUUUGUUCUACCAAACACAUUUCUAUCUGAGGUUAUCCAACGUGUCCUGCUGAAUGCAGCCCAGAAGGGUAUACUACAUAGCAGGAUCAAUGAGUUAGAGCACUAACUUUGAUAAGCAACCAGAAAUAACUAUUGAUUUUCUUGUUCAUUAAGAAAGCUAAACUUAGAUAUGUGUUUUUGGUUGUUUUAUUAUGCCAUGCACUUUAUAUAUUUCUAUAAAACAAGUUAUUUCAGAAUAUUUAGGCAAGUUAGCUGGAUAACACAUUGCUCUUGCUUUGUAGUAAACACCUGCGACCGUGACCUCUCUGGUGCUGAAUCACAUUUUGAUUCUGAUUCUUCUGAAUCACUUUCUACCACAUCCAAAUGACAUGGUUCAACUGUCUGGUUCCUGAGUCUGUGUUCCAUAUGUACCUAAAUAUAAAUGACAUGGUUCAUGCGUCUGUGUUCCAUAUGUACCUACAUAUAAAUGACAGGGUUCAUGCGUCUGUGUUCCAUAUGUACCUACAUAUAAAUGACAGGGUUCAACUGUCUGGUUCAUGAGUCUGUGUUCCAUAUGUACCUACAUAUAAAUGACAUGGUUCUUGAGUCUGUGUUCCAUAUGUACCUACAUAUAAAUGACGUGGUUCAAC